AUGCCACGCGAGAAGGACGUGUACUUCGCCAAGCUUGCGGAGCAGGCCGAGCGGUAUGAUGAGAUGGCAGACCACAUGAACAAUGUGGGCCAUGCGAGCUCGGAGCUCUCCGUCGAGGAACGUAACUUGCUGUCCGUGGCCUACAAGAACACCGUGGGUUCUCGCCGUGCUGCCUGGCGCAUCAUCACCAGCGUCGAGCAGAAGGAGAAGUCCAAGGGCAACACGGAGAACGCUUUCAUGGCCAAGGAGUAUUGCAAGAAGGUGGAGGAUGAGCUUCAGACAAUUUGUGACAAGAUCCUGAAACUCCUGGAUGGCAACUUGGCACAGAGUGGUGAGUCCAAGGUCUUCUAUCAGAAGAUGAAGGCAGACUACUACCGUUACAUUGCCGAGUUCCGGGAUGGUGACGCCAAGAGCAGUGCAUCGGAGAAAGCCCGCCAAGCGUACCAAGAGGCGGAGGACGUGGCCAAAAAAGAUUUGGCGGUGACCCAUCCCAUUCGCUUGGGCUUGGCUCUGAACUACUCCGUGUUCAUGUACGAGGUGCUGAGCGACCCGGAUAAGGCUUGCAAGAUGGCUCGUAGCGCCUUCGAGGACGCAAUUGCCGAGUUGGACAACGUGGCCGAGGAUUCCUACAAAGAUUCGACUCUCAUCAUGCAGCUUCUGAGGGACAAUUUGACCCUCUGGACUUCGGAUCAGGAGGGAGGUGGAAACGAAGAAAACGGAUGCCCGUGCUUAGCAUGGUUUGCUCACCGAGAUGUUACUGCUGCAGCCUGCGCCUCCCCAGAACCUGGCUCCGUCAUCCUCCUGGAGAACCUCAGAUUUCACAUCGAGGAAGAGGGCAAGAACGAGGCGAAAGAAAAAGCUGAUCCCGAGAAAGUGAAGGAGUUUCGGGCUUCCCUGGCCAAGCUGGGCGACGUUUAUGUGAACGACGCCUUCGGAACAGCGCAUAGGGCGCACAGCAGCAUGGUCGGAGACGGCUUCGAAACCAAAGUGGCCGGCUUUCUCAUGGGAAAGGAGCUGGCGUCCUUUGGAAAGGUCCUGAACAAGCCUCGGAAGCCGCUGCUAGCCAUCCUUGGCGGGGCCAAGGUCAGUGACAAGAUCUUGCUGAUCAAGAACAUGUUGGACAAGGUCGACAUCAUGAUCAUCGGAGGUGGGAUGGCCUAUACUUUCCUCAAGGUGAACGACGAAAUGCAGAUUGGCAACUCGCUCUUCGACGAGGAAGGCGCGAAGAUCGUCCCCGAGAUCAUGGAGAAGGCGAAGGAGAAAGGUGUGGAAAUCGUCCUGCCGGUCGACUUUGUUGUCUCCAGCAAGUUCGGAGAAGAUGGCGAGAUCAAGACGGUGACCAAGGACCAGGGGAUCCCCGACGGGUUCAUGGGCCCGGCCAUACUUGAGCUCGCCUGCAGCCAUUCCGCGAUCCGAAGUCAAGCUACAGUUGAUCACAUCAUGGCUUCGACCGCGCCCUCCUCCUUGCCGAGCUCCGCCAUCCUGGUCACGGGCGCGGCGCGUGGCAUCGGGAAGGCGAUUGCUGAGGAGCUGGCCAAGAACGGUGCCAAGGUGGUGGUCACAGACGUUCCCUCCAACAGCGAGGGCAUCAAGGCACUCUGCAGCAGUUCGCAGAUUGUGGCGGCGCCGUUGGGGGAUCUGACAAAUGAGGAGUUCCUCCAGACCUUGGUAAAGGAGGCAGCGCAGUUAGCCGGGCCAGGAGGCCUUAGCGGCCUGGUGAACAACGCCGGGCUGGGGCUCUUCACCGAUCUGCUGGAGGGCACCGGUCCGGAAGAGAUGCAGCGUUGCUUCCAGGUGAACGUGGCUGCUCCUUUGCGGCUGGCGCAGCUUUGGGCACAGGUCCGUGUUGCGGAGAAGCAGCGCGGGGCCGUGGUGAAUGUCUCCUCGCAAAGCUCGACCCGUGUCUUCCCAGCGCACACCUCCUACAGCGUGAGCAAAGCAGCUAUCGACCAGGUCACCCGUCACCUGGCGGUGGAGCUGGGCCCCCACGGGAUUCGUUGCAACGCCGUGAAGCCUACGGUGGUGCGCACCGAACUGGGGAAAACCGCCUGGCCAGACGGGGCACCCGAAACGCAGGCGAUGCUCUCGAAGAUCCCCUUGGGCCGCUUCGCGGAGCCUGAGGAGAUCGCCAGUGUGGUGGCCUUCCUGCUGGAUGAGCGUAGGCGACCUAGGGUUUAG